CGCCCAGCGUUCGCUCAACGUCCCCAGAAACCCACUGAAUCGCCACUGAAAACCAAGAAACGCGCGUGCGCAGCCGCAAAAAGAGCCAGUCGGUCGUCGGCAGUCUCCGCGUGAAGUCAACUCAACUGAAUCCCACUCAAGUCGGCCCCACCGAAUUGAAAUCGUGAUCUGUGUUCUCCCGAGUGAACUGCACUUCAUACACAUUAUCAUUUGCAGCAACUUGUUUUCAAAGUCAUUUCGUAUUUCGUGUCGGCGGCCAGUCGCUAAACAAAUUGUGCAUUUUUAAAGACAAUUGCAAGUCCGAAUCAGACAGUUUAUGAUAUCUCUUUUUUUGGGUUUUCUGGAGCUUCCUGACACAUCUGACGGCAUCAGCUGCAUACUUAAGUCCAAGGAAAACACACGGCCACUAUGCAAAUGGAAAAGCACACCAUUUUGAUUCUCCUUCUGCUACUGGGACUCGUUCUGUGGACCGAUUCCUCGCUAGCCGCCCGUCGCCUGAGGAAGAAGCCCAAGGUCUACAACGCGCUCAUCACCACCGAUGACAACCUGACCUCCAGCCGCGCCUACCCGGUCAUCCAGCCCACCAUCCACGAGCCGGGCUACGCCCCCUUUGGACCCUACAAUCCCUACGGAUUCUACAGUCCGCCGAUCGUGAGGUUCGGCCAGCCGAUUGUCCCGGGAUUGAUGCCAAACGAGAGGCUCCCUUACCCCCUGCCAUCUGCCGCCCAGUAUCCCGCUGGCUAUGCUCCAUAUGAACCCCAACAACCGGUGGAGGCGCCAGUGGAGCAGCAGCCGCAGUCGGCGUCGCCACCGGGAACCGUGGAGCGCCAGGAGAUGACCAAGGAGCAGAUGCCACUGCCGCUGAAUCAGCAGGGACUGCCGCCCGUGCUGAUCCCACUGCCUUCCCAGUUCAGAGGCCAACCCAUGCACCUGCCCCCGUAUCCGUACAGCCAGUACCCAGUGAUCUACGACCAAGCGGGCUUCAUCAGGCAGAACUACCUGCCGCCCUACGACUACUACCCCAGCCAGGGUUAUCCCGUGCGGGGAGCCACUUUGCCGCGCGAGGAACAGGAACAGCCACUGAAUCCCGUCCAGAGUCCACCUCCGCCACAGCCACUUCCCCUGGACAAUCUGGAGCCGGCGCAGCCCAGCUUCGAGGACAUUCGCAACGGAUCGGAGAGCAAAAACAGCGCGGUGCCGGAUGUUCCACCUCCGCCAAUACCCUCCGGACCCAAGCGUCCUCGGCCCGCGGAACCGGAACCGGAAGCGGAACGCAAACCGGAAACGGACAACUGAUUGCUAGCUGCCCCGAUUCCACACACGUAUUUAUUACCAUUUCGCUUAGGCAUAAUAUCGAUUUGAUUGUACAAUGUCGCCUUAACCCGUAAGCUAAAGUAAGAGUUCAUUCAGAGAUAACGAAUAAAAAACAUAAAAUCGCA